UGCAGUGCUUGGAGCUCACUCUCUCUCUCUCUCUCGUCGUCGCACAGAUGUGUGUGCUUGCGCGUUGCGCGCGAUUCGUGGCUCCAGUCAUCCUGCGACUUUCGACGACGUACGUACGUAUACGUGUCGCAAGCGUGCAGUAGCGUAUUGUUAUUUAUCAAUCUCUCCGGCCAAAAAAGCGCGCGAGAUCGGAGAGCAGCCCAAAAGAAUUCCCGUUAUAUACGUACUUGAGAAAAGCUCGCGAGUGAAAUUGUGCCCGUCGAAAAAAGCGCCCACGCACAUGCCUCGUCGUCGUCGUCGUCGUCGUCGUUGUUGUUUAUGUUGUCGUGGCGUAUUAUGCGCCACUUAAAAUGCCACGGCUAAAUUCGUGAGUCAAUGAGUAAGCCUAUAAGCUCGUAUACGCGACCGCGCCGAGCUGCUACCGGUCAACGCGCAUCGCGCGUCGUGCAUAAUCAAUCGAUGGUUGCUUGCGCGCACCGAAUCUUAUGUAUGCAGUAAACAAGUGCGCGCGUGUUUGCGUAUGGAAUAAAAUGAGCAGUGGCAGUAAUAACAGUGAAAAAUCUCAACGAGAUGAACUCAUCGACUUCGUUGUCGGGAAAUCAUUAUCAUCGACGUCGACUUCGUUGCGAGCAAGAAUUCGACGAAUUUCAAUAUGCAAGAGCAGUGAGCAGCAGCAAUAAGCUGUAUUAUCGUUUUGUUUAUUAUUGCGACGAGACGAUUGAGCACAGCGAUCGAUAUAAUGCGUAAUAUUUUACGUUAAACCCGUAAAAUUGUACGAGAUAUAUAAUUUUUUUAGAAAUCGAUAGCGAGUGCCGAGCGUGUAGUGUAGCGCCUGCUGCUGCACGUGUGCGCGCAUCGCGGUCAAGAUUUAUUAUCGAUAGUGCGUCUUGCCGUUUACCACCUGUUAUUAUCGACUGGAGUGCGUGCGGUGCCGUGUGUACGAUUCGAAGGUCGGCUUUCUGCAUUGAGAAUCAAAGAAGAAAAAAAAAGAGUCGCGUACGCGCGCGUGUGUGAUUAUAAAAUUUGGUACUGUGUAUCAAUUGGUCGCAAGUGGACGAGAUUCGUGACACCGUUGUUUGUGUUUCGUGCAAAAUUUUUUUUAAUGCGGGCUUCGUCGCCGCUAUGCUGCCGUCUGCGCUAUUCAAAUUGACAAAAUGACGAGCAAUAAUAAUAACGCGCCGACGAGCACGGAAGCGGCGCAUCAGAAUAACAAUAAUAAUCUCGCCAAAAGCAAAGAGGCGUUGGACGUUGAGACGGCUACGAUCAAGACGACUACGACGACGAACGAUCAGCAACAGCAUCAGCAGCAGCAUCUGCACAAGCUUCAAAAUAAUCAAAACGCCAGUAAGGCGAGAUCCAUCAACAAGGGUACGCAAUCGGAUGGCUCGCACUGGAGAUUGGCCGCAACAGCAGCCGCUGCUUAUCACCAGCAUCGCACGAGGCCGCUAUCCUUGUCGCAACAACUGACGCGCGCCAGCGUAGCCGAUCUCAGCCAUCAACAGCAGCAGCACCAUCAAAAUUCCUACUAUCAUCAUCCGAAUCAACAGCAGCAGCAGCUUCACACGGGCUCGAGCGGCUCGCCCACGAGCGGUCUCAGCCUGUCGACGAGCCAGAGCGAGAUGGUCCUGUCGGCGGCGUCGAUCAGGCCUCGCCUGGCCAACGGCGGCCUGCUGCCCGCGAGCACCUCGCACCUGCUGCUCGGCAACAAUUACAGCAACAAUCGCCACACGAGCAUCGACAUGAUGAGGAUCCAUCCGAUACCGUCCUUCGUGAAUCUCAAUGGCGGUCUUGGCGGUGGUGCUGGCGGUAAUAAUCCAGCCGGCGGUGGGUCGUAUUCCUCGUGCGGCGGCUGCUGCUGCUGUUGCGGAAGCAACAACGCGUCCGGCCAGCAACAGCAGCAGCAGAUGAUGAUACCGCUGCACGAGCAGGACGGACCCGAGAGCCUGUCCUGGAGGAGGCUGCACAUGUGCCGGGCCAAGCUCAAAGCCACGGCCACGACGUCCGAGCUGCUCAGCGGCUUCGCCAUGGUCGCGAUGGUCGAGCUGCAGAUCAACGAGCCCACCGCCGUGCCCGAGUGGCUCUUCGUCAUGUUCGCCGUCUGCACCACCGUCCUCGUGAGCGUGCACAUAUUCGCCCUCAUGAUCAGCACCUAUCUGCUGCCCAACGUCGAGGCCAUCUCCAAGCUGCAGGUGUCGCGACUCGUCAACGAGUCGCCGCACGAGCGUAUGCGCGGCUUCAUCGAGCUCGCCUGGGCCUUCUCCACGGUCCUCGGGCUGUUUCUCUUUCUCGUCGAGGUCGCCAUACUGUGCUGGGUCAAGUUCUGGGACUACUCGUUCACCGCGGCCACCGCGAGCACGGUCAUCGUCAUACCCGUGCUCGUCGUGUUCAUCGCCUUCGCCGUGCACUUCUAUCACUCGCUCGUCGUUUACAAGUGCGAGGCGUCCGUGAGCGACAUGAAGGAGCUCGAGAAGAUCAAGAGGGAUUUGGACAACGCGUCGAUCGGCAACAGUCGAGUCUGACGCGCGCGGAUGUUAUGAUGCAUCAUUAUUAUUAUUAUUAUUAUUAUUAUUAUUAUUAUUAUUACUUCUUCGUUUUUUUUUACGCUCGCUUGAUUACUUAGGUCAAUGCGUGAUAAUUAUCAUUAUUAUUUCUUUUUUAUGUACCAACGCGCAUAAAUAAGUGAAAAUUUUUUUAUACGUUAUGCGCUUCUGCGUGUACGCGAGCAGUAAAUAUAUUUUAUAACGAUGCGCGUUUCGCUAGAGAUAGCUCCAAGUGUACAGGUAGUUUUUAUGAUUUUUUUUCUGCUACGAUGAUUACUGUAAAAAUUUUGCGACUACGAGUGGUGCCACGACGCACGUACUGCUACUGCUACUACUCUUCGUUGUUAACUUAUCAGAAAAAAGUGAGCAUCAGCGUGAAAGUAAAUUAUGUACAACGCGCAGAGGCUC